AUGUCGCGAGAAAUCGUUUUUUUGCUGAUAGUAUUAUAUUGUAUUAUUAUCGAUAAAUAUUUAGUGCAAGCAUGUGGUUGUGCGACUUAUGUAUACAAACCUUACUUGGAAAAAACGAAGUUAUUAGGAAAAUUGCCAGAGACAAAAAAAUUGCACAGCCUUGCUUUGGUCGGAACUCAUCUAUCGGCGUCAUACACUACUCAAGACGAAACAUUGCGCACUCAAGAUUUAACUAUUCUGCAACAGUUGAAAUAUGGAGUUAGAGGGUUCGACAUCUCAGUGUGUCCGCAAUCAACACACUUUGAACUUUAUCCAUACCCUGUGAUGAAAGGUUACAAUUUUUACAACAUUCUAUUCGAGAUCAACAAAUUCCUAGAUGAGAAUCCGGGAGAAUUUGUGAUAAUGUUAAUUAAACAGAGCGAUUAUUGUGAUUAUUUGGGUUCAAUAAAAAGUAAUUGCGAGAUCAUAGAGGAGUACAUUUUCAAUGUUUGGGGUGGAUGGCGAAUGUUCAGAUCCCGAGAUCCGUCAUUCGCCGAGUGUUCAUUGGAUAUUAACUCACACUGUCUUACACAUAAAUUACAAACUUCGAUGGGCCGCAAAUUACACCAAAUUUUCUUCUUAACAUCAAUUAUUGUCAGAAAAAUCAAAAUCGCGAACCGGAAAUGCAAUGAAAACUUCCGAUGUUCAAUUCGCGAUACUACUUUUUUGAAUCAGUAUCUCAAUCGACAAACUUUGGCUCGAGAUGGUGGUUUCUCUUCGGGAGAUGAAUGUGGAGAACCCAUUAACCUGCUAAUGACUAAUAAUUUCGAGAAUUUGAACUGCGGAUUGAUUAUCGUAAUAGCUGACUUUGGGACUCAAGAUCUGAUUGAUAAAAUAAAUGACGGUAACUUCAAAAAUUAA